AUGGCCGACCUAGAUGCUGAGCUCCUCGCACUUGCCGGAGGUGACUCCUCCGGCGAGGAAGACUACAUGUCGACUUCACCACCCCCGCAAAAAACUACUUCAUCUUCUCCGCGUCGCCGAUCCAGAUCUUCUUCUUCCCGCAGAGAUUCAUCGCCUCCUCCUGAAGACAUGGCUCGUAAAGGCGUCGCGCAGAAGGUCCGCAAGACUGGUGCUCGCAAGCCGGCUUCCCGACGCAAGCGCUAUUCUGACGAUGAAGAUGAAGUAUCCUCGCCUGCACCCUCUGAGUCUGUUGCUAUGUCGCAAUCCGACUCCGAUGCUGGCUCUAGCGAUGAUGCGAACGGCGAGAAGCCUAUCUAUGCAUACGAAGGUCUCUACCACGAUGCAGCCGACAAGGCUCGUGUCCAAGCACUACCACAGGUCGAGCGAGAGGCCGCAAUGGCUGCUCGCCACGAAGAAGUCGAGCGCCUCAAGCAGAACAGCCUCAUCCAUGAAAUGUUGCGCCGCCGGGAGAAAGAAGCCAAGAAGCAAGAAAAGAAAGCCAAGCGCAAGGUCGAUGAUGCUGGUCUGGAUGACAGUCAACGUAAGAGUUCGCGCCAGCGCACAAAGGUCGGCGGAGAGUCCAAGGGUGCCAUUGAUCGCUACAAGCAGCAACGUGCAGAGAAGGUUCUUCGCGAUGAGCGACGACAGAACCGGUCAGCUCGAAGCGUCACUCCGGAAGACAAGUACGGUUACAGCGACGAAGAUGCGCAGGGCGAAAGCGAUUACGAUGAUAGAAGACCCACCAGAAAGCGCAGUCCCACUCCAAUCAAGGACGACCCACCUGCAGACUUGGCUGAUGUGAACCGCGCAAAGGUCGGCAGGGACAACUUUGCUCAGGUCUGUCAGACUCCAGGCUUCGACCAGCUGAUCGUCGGUUGCUACGCUCGAGUCAAUCUUGGCCCAGGUCGAGACCCCAACGUCAACGAAUAUCGAUUGUGCAUCAUCAAGGGCAUUCAGAAGGGUCGUCCGUACGCUAUGAUGGCUCCGAACAACACUCAAUUCCUUACAGACAAGUACGCCGUUUGUGCCUUUGGCAAAGCUGAGCGAGCUUGGUCAUUCUUGGAGUGCUCAAUGGGACCAUUCAUUGAGAAGGAGUGGACCAAGUACCGUGCUGAGAUGGCCAACGUGGAGAAACCUAUGCCGACCAAAGGCGCCAUCGCACGGAAGCUCCAGGACAUCAACACCCUCAUCAACCACAAGUUCCUCGACAAAGAAAUCACCGCCAAGCUAGAAGCCCAGAACGAACUUAUGGCCAUGGUCACCAAAUCCAAGGAAAAGGAAGAAAUUCUAGACCAGAUCGUCGAAGCCCGCCGCACACGCAAAUACGAACUUAUCGACGAGCUCGAGGAGAAGCUGCAGAAUAUCGUGCCGAUGAAGCUUGCCAUGAACACCUCUCUCAUCAAGAAAGAAGGCCCCAAGAUCAACACCGAGCAGGAACGCCUCACUGCUCUGAACGUCAAGAACAACCACCUGAAUACCGAGAACAUCCGCAAAGCACAACUCGCUGAGAUGCGUGCUCGAAGAGUCCGUCAGCAGCAGAGGGCGAGAGAGAGUCCUGGUCCGAAGGAUGAUCUAUUUGGUGAUGGCAGUGAUAUCUCUCGUGCUGGUACACCGCUCAAUGGUGUCCGGUCUCGUGCUGGAACGCCUGGACUGGGUACACCAAGGAGCAGCACGCCUGUUCCGCUCAAGCCGAUGAAGAAGAAAGGUGGUCUGCCGACGAUUCGGAGGGCUGCGCUGGACGAUGAGAUUAUUGCUGGGAUGGACUUGGGACUGGAGAUCUGA